CAACUGUCACAGGAUUGCUGUCAAAUAAAACAACAUAACCUAACUUCUAGUUUAUAAUUAAAUUAUAUUAAUAAUUUCAUAUAAUAAAUUUUUAACAGAAAUAAAAUUAAUAUUAUAAAAAUGUCAUUAUUUAUAAAUUCCAUAUUACGUAGUGCAGGCCAUAAUAAUUUUCGGAUUUUUAAUCUCUGUAGGUUAUUUCAUGUUACUCAAGUUGAUCAACUUUAUUCCCCUGCUGCACUUGGGAUAGAUGGUUAUCUACAAACAAGAAGACGGAUCAAGGAUCAAUUUGAAAAUUUCUCAGACAAGUUCAGAACUAAAAUGAAUGGUUUUAUUUCUGAUCCUAAAAGCAUGAUUUUCACAGAGGAUUUGAAAAAUAUGGUGCACAUGGCCGAACCCUUUGAUUUGGAGUUGCUGUUGAAUAUGAUUAAAAAAUUUAACUCUCAAUCAUCAGAAUUUAGGUUCGGGUCAUUCAUAUUUGGACCAGUAGUGAUGAGAAUGUUUCAUUUUUUGGAUGCACCAAAAGAGGCAUUGAAGUGCUUCGAGGACCCUAUUAAUAAAGGAUUCUUUGAUCAGCUAAUAUCAUACCAUAUUCUGCUUGACCUUCUGUAUAACCAUGAAAUGUACGAUGAAAUGUACAGAGUAUUUGAGGUGGUGAAAGAAAAACAAAUUAACAUGACUAAAUUCCCUAAGUAUCCAGUUACACUGAUUUUAGCUGCUUGCUACAAACAAAAUACCCCACAGAGUUUGGAAUAUGCAUCAAAAUUAUGGUCUGAAAUGACAAAAAUGGGCACCGCUCCAUUGAGAAGAGCUUGUACAUUUUUUGCAGGUUUAGCAUUAAAACAAGGGGCACCACAUAUAGCAUUGGAGUCAAUAUCCACACAAAAACAACAUUAUGUUACCAUUAGGAAUAUCAAGGCAAUGGCAUUAGCAGACAUGGGUAGACUUGAAGAUGCCCUGCCCGUGCUAAGAACUGUUUUAGAUAUUGAUAUCCCAGAAGAGAAAGACAAACAUACUUUCUUUGAAGAAACUAUUACAAAGGUCCGUAACGCUGUUGAAAAAUCAAGUAAUAAAGACAUACGAAAAGAGUUUGACGAUAUUGUGACUGCGUUAAAUGACAGAAGACUUAUAGAUAAUCAGACGUUAGAACAACUGCUGAAUACAGAGAUUACUGUCAAGAAACAACGAGACGCGCCGCCUUUUCAGCAGAAACGGCUGCCUUUUCAGCAACGUCACAAGAAACGCAAUAAUAAUCUAGCGUAGUUUAUGUGUAAUUUAUUAGAACAUAAACAGUCUUACCACAAAAAUAAUAAUAGGGUUUCUCCAAAAUAGGCGUAAUAAGGUUUAUUAAGGCGGUAACGCGCGUUUGACAUUCUUGGUGUUACAGUCGUCUAUAGGUUACGGUAACUUUGUUUACCACCAGACAUCAGACGGGUCGUACGCUUGUUUACCACCAUAGUAGUAUAAAAAACAAUUAGAACCCUAUCUAAAUAAAUAGAAAUAUAAUAUGUGACUAGUCCAUUGCCACUUUAGCUUGCUUAUCCUUAGUCUGUGUAUUAGUUGUUUAUUUAUAAUUUUAUCUGCCAAAGUCUAUAGAUAUAAUAAAAUUUAUUACUUUACUCACCUUUAAUAAGACAGACUUUCCUUUGUUUAGACAUAAACAGAUGUUUUUUUUAUUAAUUGAUGAUAAUGGUAUGGUAACCCUACCUGCGCUAACGGUAUACACUGGCGAGACACCAGUGAGGAAUGUUAGAUGACAAUUAAGCAGUCAGUAAUUCCACCGUGACGAAUGUGAUAAAUCAAUUAUGAUUGAAUCCAUGGCGAUCCACUAGGAGGUCGACCUGGCAGAAUAUAUUAUUAGCGAUUGGGCUACUGAUCUAAGGAUCAGUAAGUGUAUCUAUAUAGCAAUAAUUUGCUAACAAACCCUUUUCUACCCUUUAAACAAACGUUAGACAUGCUUUUGUAGUAAGUCGUCUAAAUAUAUAUUGAACACUUGUUAGUUGCAGUUUAGAUUUUUUGUGGUAAGGCGGCUUAUAUUUAGUUUAAGUAUUUGUGCGUAUGAUUUUUAAAUUUGUGUCAUAAAGUUAACUCUCAUGUUACAACUCAAUUCAUACAUACAUAUUGUACAUAAUGUAUUAUUUGUCAAUUCAUUUGUUCUUUAUAUCAAUGGAAAACAAGUAUAAAUAUUUUCCUCUAUAUUUAGAAAAACCUAAACGUCUUAAACAUUUAUUCUGUUUUUCUAUUUUCUAUAUUUAGUUCGUUUACGUAGUAAACAAUAUUGGCAUGUUUUUUCUUAUAUAAUAAAUAGUGGUACUAAAUAAAAAAACAAAUAGCUAAAUUAAUAAGGAUUUUAGUGAACAAGUUAUGUAUCAUCAUCACUUCAGUUAUCAGCUUUAACUGUUUACAGCUGAACAUAGGCCUUUCUUAAAAGGGAGAUUUUGCCAAUAGUUGUCUUGCUUGCCAGACGGAUUGGCAACCGCAGUUACGCUUUAGAGACGUUUUAAGAAGGACGCCCAUCCCUGGAUCAUUAAAUUCUUUUAGUCGUCUCUUACGCCCACGGGAAAGGAAGGAGUGACCCAUUCUAUGCCGGGACCACGUUGCACAAAUUAUGUAUAAACAUAUAUUACAAUUUUUUUGUGUUUAAUUUUUAAAUGACUAAAUUUGAUAAAAAAACAUGUUAAUAUUUUUUACUUAUUUUCUCAAAGUAUCGAAAACAGAUUAAUGUUUAACUAUUAAGUCGUUGAUUUUUUUCUUUCGAGAUAAAUUUUGAAAUAUGAAAUUGACAGUAAUAAUCGAAAUCAGUUUCGAAGGAGAUUUUAGUUUUUAUAGACGAUUCAGUUUAAGUGUUUUACGUCUUAGAAAUUAUUGUUAAUUUAUGAGAUACCAUAGUUUUUUGUUAUUUUUAAAUUUCAAAAUCAUCUGUGUUAUGCAAAAUUAUAUGUCACUAUAUACAAACUGAUAAAUGCUUUUUAUUGAA